AUGAAAAAUAAGAGCACCAGAAUAUCAAAGAAACGGACUAAACGAGCGCCUUCCAAAAAGGCCCGUGCAUUGGUCGAGAAGCUCAAUAGUGAGACCUCAGACGUACAGGAGAUACUGAAGGGCACAGAGCUCAAAAAAGACAAGGGAGUGUUUGCCAACUUGCAGACAGACCACAAACUUGACCAGCUAACAAAAACGGAGAAAUCCAGAGAAAAUGAUGACCUCGAGCGUCAGCUGGACCUGCUUAGUGGCAUCACGAUCGAAGCCACGUCGCACAAGUCGGGAUCCGAGUCUAAAUAG